UUCUGGUCUGCUUUAUAUUCUUCUGUUCAAGUACUGUGCAUCAUCAGGUAUUAUUUGCAGUCCAUGAUUUGUUAUUCUCAUAUGUUCAGAUUUCAAAUGCUUGAGAUAGAAUUUGCGUAUGUAUGAGAGGUGAAACAGUUGUUCCUGAGAGGGAAUUUUCUAGUCGGAAGCUUUUGACUCGCAAUAAUUUGUGUUAAAUAAAGAAAGUGAAUCAAUAUAAGUGCAGAGUUGGAUGGAUGUCCCUUGACAGUUGACAAUGAUAAUGUUAAUGUCGCUUGGCAAGAAAGAACUAAAGUUGGAUGGUCCGUUGGUGGUACAUUGCAGUUCCCUUUUUAACAUCAAACCUCCUCUCUCUCUCUCUCUCUAACAAAACCAAAUAAAUGUAAAUGAGAUAGACUAACUCUAUUUAAUAUUCUUGGAUUGAUCAAAACCAAUGCUUCAUGUUCGUGUUUCUGACAAUGCUUGGAGAAUGGAUGUUUGUGGGCUUCUAGAUGAUGGAUGCUGCUGCUAUGCCUUCAACCAGCCAGUGAAGAUUGUUAGCUGGAGUUUGUUGGAUCUAAGUGAAUUAGGGUAAGGGGGAUGGUGAGGGAUUGAAGAAGAGGAAUAUCUCUAUCCAACAGUGUCCACUGGCUUUUAGCUUUUGCCAGCCAAAUAAUAUUUAUAAAAUAAAUAAAACUAAAGUUACAAACCAGGUAAAAGUAGAGAGAACCUCGCCAUACGGUUGUUUUCAUAGCAAUCCUCGUAGCUGUUUUAAUUUUCGCCUUGGUUGAGUUAUCACAUUUCAUCUAAAUUGGCUCACUGGAUUCGAACAAGUUAUCACUAAAUGGUAGGAAAUUAAUCAUUAAUCCUUAAACAGCACCAUUCCAUUAGAGGUCAAGCUAACAAUGAGGAUAUAUUAUUCGUAUCCCUGCCACUGGCCAACAGAAACAUGAAAAACACAUCGCAGUUAUUAUGAGAUAUUAAAUUACAAUUUAUUAUAUCUGAUUGCAUGGUCUCACAACUCACAAACAAGUGCAAAAUCCAUACCUUAUCUUAAAGAAAGAAAAACAAAAUAGUUAAUAAAAAGAAAAGACAUUAAGAAAAAAAAGGGAUGGUGUGAUUUUAGUGAGUGACAAAUAAAAAUAUAACGUUAUUAUGUCAUUGAGACAUUUAUCUUGUUUUAGUUGUAUGCGAGCGAAAAGAGCUCGUUUAUAACAUAAUUAGAGAAUACGCAAAAAUGAUUAGUAUUUUGAGAAGAAAACUGAAAAUUUACAAAAUGAAAACGAGGAACAUGCGUUUUCCAUUCUUGAGUCCUAAAAUGUAGUUGGGAUUUAUCAGAUCCAUAACCAGGAGGGCUUUCUUUCUUUCGUUUUUCUUUUCCUUUUCUUUUUGGUUCCAUUGAUUUUAUCCCAGAGGAUAUAAUUUCUUAAGAUCAAUAUCAAUUCCAAGGAAUAUUUUGUUGGGAUUGAUAUUGUCAUUGAUUUUCUUGGUUAAGAAAGAAAUAGAUAUGGGAGCAUGCUGUAGUAAGGAACCCAGUUUCGCAGAAGGACGGGUGGUGGAAGAUGUUGUCGAAGAUAGAGAAUACGAAGGUAAUGAGGAUGACGAUCAUGUUGCCAUUGGUGAUUAUGGUGCUAGAAUGAGGCUCCAUGGUGCUUCUAAAUAUAUAUCAAUGUAUUCCCAACAAGGUAAAAAAGGUGUUAAUCAGGAUGCCAUGACUGUUUGGGAGGAAUUUAUCGGUAAUAAAGACAUGUUUUUCUGUGGAGUAUUCGAUGGCCAUGGUCCGUAUGGCCACAAGGUUGCACGCCAUGUCCGCGACACUUUACCCUCGAGGCUCUCUGCCGCCAUCAAACUAUCACAGGCUAAUAGCAUCAAAUAUGGUGAUACUGAUACCGCUGAUGGAGAGGAUAGCGAUGACUCUAAAAGUGAAGGUAGUAAAGAUGGUGAAAAUAGUAAUUCUACUAAUAAUAAGGGCACAUUGCUCUUAUCUUCAUGGGAGGCCAGUUUUUUUAAAUGCUUUAAGGAUAUGGAUGAAGAACUUAGCCUUGAUGCUAGCAUUGAUAGCUUCUGCAGUGGUACCACUGCUGUAACCGUAGUUAAACAGGGAAAUCAUUUGAUAAUUGCCAAUUUGGGAGAUUCUCGUGCUGUUCUUUGCACUAGAUCCAACAAAAACCAACUCUUUCCUGUCCAACUCACUGUUGAUUUAAAACCCAACAUUGCAAGUGAAGCCGAAAGAAUCAAGAAUCGCAAUGGCAGAGUCUUCGCGAUGGCCGAAGAACCCGAAGUGUAUAGAAUAUGGAUGCCGGAUGAAGAUUGUCCUGGUCUAGCAAUGGCUAGGGCCUUUGGAGAUUUCUGCCUGAAAGACUAUGGCCUCAUUUCAACUCCUGAAGUUUCUUACAGAAGACUAACAAAUAAGGAUGAAUUUGUGGUUCUUGCAACUGAUGGGAUAUGGGAUGUAUUAUCAAACUACGAUGUGAUAAGGAUAGUUGCCUCAGCAAGAAAGCGAUCAAUGGCAGCUAAAAUGCUAAUAAAGUAUGCAGUUCGUGCAUGGAGGAACAAGUAUCCUGGUUGCAGGGUAGACGAUUGCGCAGUUAUAUGUCUUUUCCUGAAAAGUCGAACUGUCUUAACCAGAUCUUUCUCUGAAGUGAGCAGAGUCAGUGCCAAUCACACAGAGCUGGCAGAAACAUAUUCUGAGGUGAGUAGAGCAAGCAUGAAUUGCUCAGAAAUUGCGGCAGUUCCUCAAAGGGCUAGAGAUCAUGGAUAUGAAACACUACAUGCGAAGCCUUACUUAGGCUCCAAAGAGAACACUGCUCCUGAUGGAGUCAAUAGAGUAAAUUCUGUCGUCAAAUUUCCUCGACUGCGGAAAUCGUCCAAGGAUUUUGGAGUUGUACCUGAUACUUGAUAACGGUGAUUCUUGGAAAGCUAACAAUGAAAUUGGCAUUUAUGGGAUUAUUAUA